ACAGUCAUCUGACAGAGGAAACGGACACCACCGUUCGAGGUCGUCUCGCCUCUCCCCGCCCCUUCGCCCGCACGCAACCAUGGCCUUCUGCGGCUACAAAUUCUCGCUGUGCCUCCUGCUGAUCAGCUGCUGGGGCUUGGUGCAGCUGCUGUUAAUGGGGAUGUUGUUCUACUGCGAGACGCCUGCUUUCCUGGAGGACCUGCCGCUGACUGGGCCCUACGAGAACAUCGGCCAGUACAUGAACGACGUCCACCACGGCUUCGGGACCAACGCUCUCAACUGCCUGAUCGCCGCCUGCCUCUACAUCAUCACCCUGGGCGUCUCCGGCUGGCAGUUCUAUCUCAACCAGAAGACGACUUAUCAAGUGUAGGCUUAGGCAGGGUGCGCUGGUUGGAAGGGGUAGGGAUACCCUGGGUGUUGGCCUGUGUAAUGGCUACCAGCUGUGUGGAUCUGUGCUCGUGCUACCAGCUGUGAUCCAUGCACGGGCUGCCAUCUGUAUACCUAGCACCCGUAGGCCUAUGUACGGUCUACCAGCUGUAGACCAAUGUAUUUGAGGAACGUAAAGGAUGGGAGUGAAGCCAAGACGUGCAGGCAAGAUUGUGUAAUAGUUUUCUUUAUUUUCAAGAGAGAACUUUGUAUAAAUAAUUCAUUUUGUAUGCAGUGAGCUCCAAUGACUGAUGGCUGAAUUUUCACCUAAAAGUCGUAUUUUUUUGUUGGUGUUUGUUUGUUUGAAAGGGAAUGCAUAACGUGGUUGUCACUUAAGGAAUUAGUUAAAUACACAGUUGCAGAAAUACGUGCAUGCGAUCGUGUGUGCGUACAUACACACGUACCUACACACACAUCGAAACAGAGAGAGAGAGAGAGAGAGAGAGAGAGAGAGAGAGAGAGAGAGAGAGAGAGAGAGAGAGAGAGAGAGAGAGAGAGAGAGAGAGAGAGAGAGAGAGAGAGAGAGAGAGAGAGAGAGAGAGAGAAAUAUAUCUCUAGAAAGAAAGAAAGAAAGAAAUUUGUAAGUAGACACAUUUAGCAAGGACGAAUGAUAUACACAUAAAUGUAUAUACAAAUAUCUAUGGUUUUCAAUGUACAGCAUUCAAUACAGUAUGUCUCUAGGCUGCAUUCCAGUCAAAAAAACGUCAUCCUCAAUCUUAGCAUUUAGAGAGAGUGUGAGUGUAUAUUGUUUGUGCCUCAUGAAUGUUUAAUUAGUGCACAAACUCAAUCCUUCAGUAUGUCCGUAACCCUUCGCCUUCUCUAACGAUUGUAUAAUUAAAACAAUGAUACUUUAAUCUUAACCUGAUCUCAUUAAAAGCCAAAGAAUGUUGUGAUGUCUUUCUUGUGUCUAGGAUCUCAAUAAAAAAAAUAAUAAUGUGAAUUUUGUGGCAGUUAAUAGGAUCUCAAGUGAAAGUUGAUCAAGAAAAGUAAAUAUAUAUUGCGUAAGUG